AUGGGCUCCUCGAGCACGAGGAGAUCCGCACAAAGAGAUCGCAACGUCGAUGCUGCUCGCUUGAGCUCGGUUGUUCAGGACGUAAAGAAUGUCAGCCAAGAAGAGUCAAGUUCGACGGGGCGAGGAACUCAAAUGAAGAUCACUGAUGCAUUCAUGACACCAAAGACAGUCUUGAAAUCAAAACCAUUGCAGGUUGAGAAGAAAGAAUCAAGGCCUGUUGAAAGAGACUCAGCUGCCGAUUGCAUGUGCAUUGAUGACGAUAUUCCAGCCAGCAAGUCACCACCAUGCACAAUUCAGAAGAACGUUCACCUAAAGAGCGAGUUAUCUGCCAAGUUAUUUGUAACACCACAACACAGCAAGGCAAGGCACGAGGGCUCGGAAGUCUCCAAGACAAGAAUGGGGGUGUGCCUUGCCAAGGAUCCCAUAAUGGAUUUGACCCUCUGUGAACCCGAAUCCAGUCAUUCCACAGCCUCAUCAGAAUUGAAACGUCCAAAAGAGAUUGGAACCUUUGUGUCCGACAACAAGAAAAGAUGUACUGAUGAGUCUCUGGAUAAUGUUCCAGAUUUUGAUUUCACUCUACCUUGUUCGCCUCCUCGCCAGUUCCGUAAUGCUGAUACCCAACAAACAGCAGAGUCGAACGUGGCGCAUGGAGCCUCUUCGUCUCGAAGAACAGGAAGAGCUUUGAGCCUGCAGCCAAGGUUUACUCAUAGCACGCGAGAUAGAAGAUUUUCUUGGUCAACUGGCGGGGCUCAAAUCGAAUCAGAUCAUUCCCUCUCAGGAAUUCCCACUACCUCUGAGGUGACGAAUGAUUCUACAUCAAUCCGAGGGUCUUGGAUUGAUCAUAUGAACGAAAAUGAGCUUGUUAACUUCUCUUCCGACGACGAGGGCGAAGCAGAGGGAAAUGAAAGUCAAGGAAGCGACGAAAGUGAUAGCGACAGUGACAUCAGCAGCAUAGUGGGGAUGUUGUUGACAGAUGAACAGCUUGCGAGAAUGCGCGACAUGCGACAGAAUGAGACCACGGAUUCCAGGCCGAGACAUGGAGAUCAGGGAGAAUCAAGGAUGAAUUCUUCACGUAUACACGAGGGGUCGAGGACCUCGAAAGGAAGCGGAAGAUCAAGACUUCCAAAUGGAAACGGGCUGUCUCAAUCUGGAAACGGCAACGGAUAUUGGAUAACAGAGCGAUACGGAGCGCUGCAGGGACAAUACCGCCAUGUGUUUGUGGAUGGCGAGGGAAGAAAAUUGACCGGGAAAGCAGCGUGGGCAGCAAGUCGAGGGACUGGAGUUACAAAGUCGAGGAAGAGAAGGUUCAAGAAAUCAGGCAAGUCCAAGAAGAAAGGCUUCGGCUCCAAGAAGUUCAAAGGACGUUCGAAACCCAACGGAAAUAUAGAUUCGAAAGGUCCACCCAAGAAGCCUUCGAUGCGGAAGCCAAAAUCUACAUUCAAGAAGGAAAAAUAA